UACAGUGCCAUGAACCUUUGACAAUCAAAAGUAACAUGUUUACCUUAAACGGUAGUUAUCGCAGUAUUGUCCAACAUAGGAUUUUCUUCAAUUAUGAUGCAAUAUUACAUAUUGCCUAACAACAAAUCACCAACAAUUUUAAUAAUAUAAUAUAUAUUAGCAAUUUGGAUAUUCAGAAAAUAUGACAAGCAAAGGCCUUCGGGCCCUUAAAGUACAAGGUCACUCCCUAAAAAUGAUAUGAAAAAAUGAACAUUCCACAAAAAAAUGCAUAACUUCAAGACAAAAUACUCCGAUCAGGCUGGUUUUCAAAUUAACUUGUAUUUAAGUUUAGUCAUCACUUCUGUAAGUUUGAUGACAAUAGGUCCGUCUUCUUUGAAAUGUUUUUGCUGUAUUGCAUUCAUGCAAAUAAAUACAAAAAACAGCAUUACUUUUGAAAAAACUGGUCCGAUCAAGCUGAUUUUGGAACUUGGCCUGAAAUGAUGAACAUUAUCGGUUCUGUAAGUUUGAAGACAAUGGUUUCCAAUCGUGUUAUUACUGAAAGUGCACGGCGACGACUGCUACGGCGACGACAGACGCAGGUGACAGUUAUAUGUACAGUAACAUCUGUGUCUGUACAUAAAAAGUAGGGAUAGCGUUUAUGUACACGGAUCCUGCGAUAUUAGGAGAGAAAGCUAAAAAAUAAAAGCUUUUGUUCCAUCUUCCGUUCUGUCUAAUUGCAGUCUAUUGCACAAUUCAAAUUGACCAUGUCUAAUGUAGUCUUAUAUGUGUUACAUUCUAUAACGAAAUCCCGCGAGCUCUGUACGUUUGACCUACUUCAUUUUGGCACAAACUUUACCCUUCAGGAGUUCGAAAACAGACCCCAUGGCCACCAUGCUGCCUGUGAGCAACUUAUUGCUCAGUGUUUUGUUGAUUUUGUUGACGGUGUUUGAGGUGGAAUCGACGUGUCAGCCAGUCACUAUUCCCAUGUGUUUGGACGCAAGACUAGGCAACCAACUAGGGUAUAACACGACGACCUUGCCAAAUUUUCUCAACCAUGCAUCCCAGCUUGAGGCGGGUUUAGAAGUCCAUAUGUUCUACCCAUUGGUUCGGGUAAAAUGUUCCCCGGCUUUGCGUCCUUAUCUUUGUGCUGUUUAUGCGCCGAUGUGUGGGACGAAUCAAGAGGUCUCGCUCGUUCCGCCGUGCAGGCGUCUGUGUGAGGAGGCGUACAAGGGUUGUUCAACUCUUAUGAAUAAAUUUGGAUUCAUGUGGCCCUCGCAGCUCCGCUGUGAACAAUGGAAUGACGAUGACGGGUGUUUCGACGGUCUUGUCUAAUGCAUGCGUAUGAUGUCCGGUUAUUCAGUUGUGUAUUACAGCCAAAAGGUUGUAAAAAAACAAUGCAGCGUGAACAGAUAAAAUAUCCAGGAUUUGUUUACUACAGUUUAAUGCAAUUCAGUAUAAUACAUCACAGCACGGCACAAUACAUUAAGAUCUUUCCAGUUGCUUUGAAAAAAAGGAAUUUAAGGGACCAU